AUGGCAGUCAAGAUCUCCCAAUCCGCGCUGAAGAAGUCUAGCGCACCACCACAUCUGAGCCGCCAAGAAUCUUACAGUGUGAAGCGUGAUCCCAUGGGCUCUCUCCCAGUGAACGCAUCAUUAGUCCUCGCCAGUGUCGCAUCACGAGCGACAUCACCAGGUCGCAAAAGCGCGUCAUCAAGUCCUUUACCAUCACCUAGAUCCGAGACUGGGCGCCGGACCAGCUGGGAAGAUUGCAAAGUCAAGCGCGACGGUUACGUCUCCUUCCCUGAUUUCGACGACCUCCAGGCUUCACGAAGGACGUGA